AUGGCAGAGGACAAGAAGAAGAAGAUAAACGAAGAAGAGGAGGCAAUGUUAAUGCCAAACAAGAACCUCCCUGAGGACCUCAUAGCAGACAUACUUUCAAGGCUUCCGGUCAAGUCACUUCUAAGAUUCAGAUGUGUAUCCAAACCCUGGUGUGCUCUUAUUACCGAUCCUGCUUUCGUCAAAAUGCACCUCAACCGAUCCCUUGCAACCAAUAGCAACCUCAACCUCAUUCUCAUAAAUUCCUCCUUCAAUCUCUACUCUGUUGACUUAGAUGCUUGGGAACAACAGGCAGCGGUAAAACUCCAUCUUCCGCUUAAGUCUCCAAACUACAAAGCCAAAAUAGUGGGUUCAUGCAACGGUUUACUCUGUAUAUCCUACUCUGACGAUGACAUAUUCCUCUGGAAUCCUUCUACCAGAAGGCAUCAGAAGCUGCCCAUUACACCUAUAGAGUUUCCCUUUGACAAUCGCCUUCGUUAUAUUGUUUACGGAUUCGGUUACGACUCCACCUCCGAUGAUUAUAAGCUGGUAAGGGUUGUGCGGUUCUUUGGUGAUCAUCACUACCCUGGUCUGACUAGCCAUUCGGAGGUGAAGAUCUACUCACUUAGAACCAAUUCAUGGAGAAGGAUUGGGGACUUGCCAAUCCAUCUCAGAUACAUUUACAAUGCUGGGAAUUUUGCAAAUUCUGCUCUUCACUGGGUUGGCAUCAAUUCCAAGUUUAUUGUUUCCUUUGACCUUAAAGAUGAGGAGUUUCGAGAGGUGCCACUGCCUGAUUCUGCGGAAAAUGAGUUUCCUUGGGAUGUUGAGUUUCUUAAAGGACAACUCUGCUUGCUGCAUACCUUCAGAUUCCAACGUGUUGAGUUUUGGAUGAUGAAGGAUUCUUGGGUGAAGGUGUUCUCCAUCGAACAUCCAUGGCUGAUAUGGGGUUCUGGGAAACUCUUACCUAUAUGUUAUUUAAAGAAUGGUGAAUUUUUACUCUCGAAGAAUACAAAAGGACCGCUGAUCUUGUAUGAUCCCCGCAGAGGAAGGGUUAGGUAUCUUCAGAUUCAUGGUGUUCCAGAUACAGCAGGUAGGACUUUCAUAAAGACCUGCUUUGGGAGUCUUGUUCCACUCAAUGCCAAAGAUGGAAUUGAAGAACCAAAAACAAAGAAAAGCCGCAAAUUGAUCUUGGAUGUGAAUAUCUUUUGCACCCAUUGCUUAGUAGAGAUCUUUAGAGUAUUGGUACGUUUGAGUUACCAUCAGAGCUAUUAUGAGGAUGAGGAAGAUGGACAAGAAAAAUAUAAAAGUGUGGUCUUGAAGACAAAGAAGUGCUUCCUGGAAGCAGCUGUUGUGUUUAUACUCUCUAUUGUUUAUGUGAUUGGUUGUAUACUUCAAGUUUAA